AUGGAGGAUCAGUUGCUUCAGCUGCUUGCGGCUACCGCCCAGCCUGACCAGAAUCAGCGUAUGGGCGCCGAGAUGGAGCUCAAGAGAGUCCAGACAAGUCCAGCAUACUCAGUGUCCCUCGCCAAUAUUGCCUCGCACACUGCUGUCGACAUUGGCACUCGUCAGCUCGCCCUCAGCACCCUCCGCCUCUUCAUAGAGAACAAUUGGUCCAAUGAAGAUCCUGGAGCAGACGCCCCCAUUCCCAUUGCCGAUGAUACUAGGCAGCUAGUCCGACAGUCCCUCCUUGACUUGGCCCUCAGCUCCGAAGACGAUCGCAAAGUCAAGAUUGCUGCGAGCUACGCCCUUGGCAAGAUUGCGAUUCACGACUUCCCUGAACAAUGGCCUUCGCUCCUACCCACCGUCCUGUCCGUGUUUCCCAACGGCAACGACUCUCAGUUACAUGGUGCUCUUCGCGUGCUCGGCGAUCUCGUUGAAGAAAGCUUGACUGAAGAUCAGUUCUUUACAAUGGCAAGAGAUAUCGCUAUCGCUCUUACUCAGAUUGCUACUAGCGAAGACCGGAAACCUCUGAUAAGAUCCCUGGCCAUUUCUGUGUUCCGUGGCUGCUUUGACUUGAUGAGUAUGGUAAAGGAAGACCAUGCCACUGAAGUUACCGCAUUUGCCGAAGAACUUCUGAAAGAUUGGAACCCAUUCUUUCUCAAUGUCCUCAAGAGCCGCCUUCCCGAAACCAGCAAUCCCGAUAAUGUUCAGCCGACAGAGUGGAACAGUAUCAUCUCCCUCAAGCUUCAGGUCGUUAAGACAUUGCUUCGCAUCCGCCGAGUCUUUCCAAAUCUUCUGCUACCGCAAAGCACCACCCUUUUCACUGCUGUUUGGGAAGAACUUCUUGUUCUUCUGCCCAGCUACGAACAUCUCUACAUCAACAAUGAUGCCCAAGGCCGCCUCGAAGAUGUCGACAGUCUUCCCUACACUCUGGACUUCCUCGUGCUUGAAGAGCUCGACUUUUUGAACCAAUGCUUCCGUGCGCCUCCUGUUCAGGCAGAGCUUGAUCGACAGCUCAAGGCCCACGCUGCCCAUGAAGUUCCUUGGAUGGUGGACAUUAUGAAGCUCCUGGGAGGCUACGCACGUGUUAUCCGUGAAGAAGAAGAACUUUGGGACAUAGAUUGCUCUCUAUUCUUGGCGGAAGAGACGUCAGUCACGGCAAACUACACUGCUCGAACUGCAGCGGGAGAUCUCCUUAUUAAAAUGGGAGAAUGGUUCAACGACAAAACAAUUGACGGGUUAUUCGGUUAUACAAAGGAACUUUUUCCUAGCAAGGACUGGAGAAGCCAAGAAGCGGCCCUUUACUUGUUCGUCAUGUUGGCGAGCGACUUCCAGGACGUUAACAAAGCUAUCCCGGAGAUUGUCGCUCAUGCCUACCUCGAGCUUGUCGACUAUGCAAUCAACCGAGCGGAAGAGCCGCUUCUUCGUGCUCGUGGCUACCUCGUGGCUGGAAUUCUCGGCCGCUCAUAUAAUAUCCCUCUCGCCCUUGUUGAACGAAUCAUCAACUUCAACACCGAAGAAUCCGAGGUUGUCCAGGUUGCUUGUGUAAAGGCCAUCACCGACCUCAUCGAGGCUGGAAAGGUCCCUGUGAAUCACCAGCUCCCAAUAAUUAAUGCCAUCAAGACAUUCAUGGAAGCCAGGAAUCAAUCAGAGAUGCAGGAUGCCGACGAGUUGCUUGUGACCCUGACCGCUGCCCUUCGUGCUGCCAUCGGCCUUAACCACGAAAUUACACUGUCGAGCGAAGUUGGAUCCGUGGACCUUCUCUUUCUACUCGCCAAACUUGGAUCAAACAACUUUCAGGUCACUGUUAUCGUUAGCGAGAUUUUUGAGGAGCUUUGCAUCAGCAUGUCUGACCAAGAAUCCUUCUCGCGCCUCUCUGCCAUUGUUAUCCCGAAUCUUACUUCUGCAUUCGACGCAAAUGGCGCAGCAUCCGAUAGCACUCUUGUCUCUAUUGCUAUUGAGCUGCUUGACGUUGUGGCUGAGAAUGCCCCAUGCCCUCUUCCGGAAGGCUUUGUCGCUGCCAUCUUGCCCCAGCUCAGCAUUUUGUUGAUGCAGUCCACUGAAGGUGAUAUUCUUCGAAAUGGAUCACGGAUUGUCAAGUCGUUGCUUGCAAACGGCCAUCAGCAAGUUCUUAGCUGGCAUGAUGCUGAUGGCCGAUCUGGUCUCGAGGUCUGCCUUGUCAUUGUCGAUCGGCUGCUUGGUCCCAGCAUUGAAGAUAACUCUGCGUCUGAAGUCGGCGGUCUUGCGGCUGAGAUUGUAGAAAAAGCCGGCCAAGAACGCCUAGGACCUUUCCUUCUACAGUUACUACAAGCCGUUGCCAACCGCCUGGCUGUUGCUCAGGCUGCCGCUAUAAUUCAGUCUCUGAUCCUCGUCUUUGCACGUCUAUCUCUGAACGGUGCUCAGGAUGUCGUUGAGUUCCUAAGCCAGAUCCAGAUAAACCCCAAUGAGAAUGGCCUUCAAGUUGUCAUGUCCAAGUGGCUGGAAAACUCUGUCAGUUUUGCUGGCUAUGAUGAAAUCCGCCAAAAUGUUAUUGCCCUUUCUAAGCUGUUUGCGCUGAAUGACAGCCGUCUGAAGAAUAUUAUUGUGAAGGGUGAUUUGGUCGUAGACGACGACGGGAUGAUUAAGACACGCUCGCGCUCUAAGCAACGCCCUGACCAAUAUUCCCCUGUCCCUGCACAACUCAAGAUCGUCAAGGUCCUGAUUGAGGAGCUCUUAUCUGCCUCUGGAGUCCGUUCCGCUGCCAACCUUGCAGCAGCAGCCGUGGCUGGUUCAAAUGAGCUCGAUGAGGACGACGGCGAAGACGGCUGGGAAGACGACGAGACUCUCGACAUGACUCUCAACGCCGUUAAGGGCGACUUGAUGUCCUAUAUGGACAAUGGUGGCCAGCGUCAGCCCGAUGACGAGACGCAGGCUUAUCUCACAGAUUUCUUUAUCCGUGCUUCCCAAGAGAAUAUUGGCGAUUUCAACCACUGGUACCCGCAACUCCAGGAGGCUGAACGACAGAAGCUGAGUGAGCUGGCCCACUCGGUGGCACAGUAG